AUGACCUCCCUCCAAACCGUCCCCGCCCGCCGCGGAGCAGCCACCCUCGUCAAAGCCGGGCAGAAGAUAAAGAUAACAAACACGUACGGAAACCAAGUUGUCGAUACCUGGGCGCUCGCACUUCCUUCCUCCGGCCUUUCUACCGCGUCCUCCAAAGUCGAAGCAGCACUCUACCCAAACGCGACCGCAGACUCGCCGUCCAAGUACUCUGCUACUGCGAAUGCCGCUGCCAGCGCCCCCGAAUACAUGUCCAUGUGCCACUGCCGGGCAACGCUCUUGAAAGUGACGCCUGCAGUGGGUGAUGUAAUGGUCAGUCAGAAGAGGGCACCGAUGGUCAAGCUGGUGGAAGAUACAAGUCCAGGUGUACACGACACUUUGGUCGCGGCGUGUGAUCGGUGGCGGUAUAGUGAGCUGGGCGUGAAUGGAUACCAUGAGUCUUGCACAGACAACUUCUGGGAUGCUUUACACGCGCUGAGCUCAUCUUCGUCUCUCUCGGCUGAGGAGAAGGAAGGGAUUGAAGACCUGCAAGCGAAGAUGGGGUGCAGAGUCCCGGAUCCGUUCAAUUUGUUUAUGAACAUUCCUAUCACGCAGGAAGGUGAGGGAGCGCAGAGAGGCAUUAGCUUCGAAGAGCCGAAGACGAAGGCAGGAGACUAUGUGGUGCUCGAGGCACUUAGGGAUGUAGUUGUGGUGAUGAGUGCGUGUCCACAGGAUGUUCUUACGAUUAAUGGGAAGAAUCCGGUAGAUGCUCAUUACCAGGUUCUAGACUGA